AAGGUAAAAUGGAUUUGACUCUAGUUGAGAAAGCUUCAGCCGGGUGUUGCUCCCCCUAGCUAAUAGCUAUGACUCGAAGAAUCGAACGAUCGUGUGUGGUUAGGGGGUCAUAAACCGCAGGGAAGUCUAACAAGCAACCAAAGUUACCCUCUUAGAUUCUAGGUUGGGGAAUGGGAUACGAUCCCAGCCACUUAUGUGACCCUCUCAACCUAUCGACUAAGGAUUAGUUAGACUUCACCCUCGAAUUGGAGUUCGGACGACCACCCACAACCAAAUCCUAAGUGUUUAAUAUGAAUUGGGAGGUUUUCCCUCAAACUAACCUAGACUAGGAGGCAUAGAAUACCCCAAAACCCCAUCUCUAGAAGAGCCUCUUAAGUUAAGGGGAUUUCUCUCUAAACUAGGUUAGAAUGGCAAUUAGUUUGAUAGGCUUUCACACAACACAAUCAUUUCUGAAUAAUACCUCCACAUUCACAUUUAGACACAUCCACACACAAAUCAUUCAAUUUAUACAAGCAUUCACAUAAUUGUAGCUAGGGUUUACAAACACCCAAGUGAAAUAAGGGACUACUCCAUGCUAGGAGAAGGGAAAACACAAAAGAGGGAAAGGAAAACCAUCAUGAAGAGGCAGCCUUGCUCCUUGUGCUCAAGAAAACCCAAAUCCUUGCGUGGAGAUCAAACACUAGCUUUUCCUCUUCUUUGUUCAUCACUUUCUCACUCUAAAAUAUGAAGAAGGAGAAGUUUUCUCACUCUAGGUCUCUCCCCCCCCCUUUCUUCUUCCUUUCAGCUCCACACUUAUACCCAGAUCGAGCUGAGUUCACGGCCUUCUAGUUCACGGCCAUGAACACCUAAACGUGGCCGUGAACUCAGUGUCAUCUCCAAAUCGCACCGCUUCACUCUCCAGGUUCAUUGUCUUAGUGACCGUGAACUUCCUGGUCGUCAGUAACCUCUCGAACCUUCAUGAACAUCUCGCUGUUCAUGGUUUGUGGUUCCAGUUCACGGCCUUAGAGGCCAUGAACUGCAACUCAUUCCUCCUCUUUGCCCAGUCUUCGCUCAAUUUCUUCCAACUUUCGACUCCGGGGUUGGUUCUACCUGUUAGGAUCCGAAACACACUGAAAUACAAAACCUAACUUAAAACCAACCUUUUAAGAGUUCAAAUUUCACAAACAUCAAGUGGAAACAGGGGUAAAAAGCGUACAAUUAGGCCAUAAUCAAUGAUGAAGAAGCUACUGAAUAUGAACAACAAAUUCCUUCCAUGGAGUUUCAAACAUUAGAAGAUGCAUAGAAAUUUUAUGAUGCCUAUGCUAAAGCAAAAGGGUUUAGCAUUCGACGUAGAGAUCUUCGGAGGAAUCGUCGAGGAGUAGUUACUGGGAGGAAAAAUGGUAUGUUCAAAAGAGGGAAUUAGACAGAAGAGGCAUAUAGAUAAAGAAGGUCGGACACAACAACAUCAUAAGAUGACAAGACAAUCUUUCAAGGCAUCCUAUAAUGUACGCUUUGAUCGGGGAAGAAAAUGUGGGUUGUUUCUACGUUCGAGAGGAAGCACUCACACAGUUGCUGCAAUGAACAAGAAACUCAAUUUCUUCGGUCUCAUCAAAAUGUGAGUGAAGAAGACAAGGCAUUGGCGAUAGGGAUGUGUCAGUCAGGAAUAAAAAAACGCAACAUUAUUAAGAUCACGAAGAAUAAAGUUGGAGGAUAUGAGAAUCUGGGGUACACUCCAACGGAUUUGGAUAACUCUGUUCAAAAUUCCCGAGAUGAUGACGAAGAUCUAAUAGGAGAUGUAAACCAAACAUUGAGUUAUUUGCAGAGUAAAAAUACUUCUGACAGAGGCAGCUUCUUCAAGUACACAGUCAGUGAUGAAGGUGAAUUAAGCAAUCUCUUUUGGUCGGACUCCACAUCUAGAGGGGAUUACUAGUUUUUUUUUGGAUGUCUUGGCAUUUGAUGCAUGCUACAAGCGCUACAAGUACAAUCAGCCAUUUUUUAUGAUGGUAGGUGUAAAUAACCACCACCGCAAAACCAUAUAUGGUUUUUCCCAGUUGGAUAAUGAGACAAUCUCCAACUAUGUUUGGAAUACUUUUUUGGAGUGUAUGAACUAUAAGAUGCUGACUUCAUUGAUCACCGACGGAUGCAAGUCUAUGUGUGGCAAAAGCACGUAUAUCAACUGAGGAGUUUGAGAGCCACUGGAAGCGUUUGAUUACUGAGCAUGGUUUGACUUCAAAUAAGUUGUUGUAGGAUUUGUACGAUGCCAAACUACUUUGGGCAUAGGCAUACUUGAAGGAUAUUUAUUUCGCUGGACUCCAAUCAACCUCACGAUGUGAGUCAUGUAACCAUUGGAUAAAUGGGUAUGUAAGAACUCAAUACAGUUUGCAACGUUUUGUUCACAGCAUAGAUGAAGCACUGUUGGGGAUGCGUUACACGGAGGUGCAGUAUGAUUAUUCUUCUAGGCACUGGAGGUUGGUCUACAAGCAUGCCCUUCACACAUGGGAAAUGCAAGCUGAAAGUAUCUACACACAUCGUACAUUAGCUAUCUUCAACUGUGAACUAGAGAACGACGCUUCUUAUGUGUUAGCGGAGACAAGAACUGAAGUUGAUGGGACAGAGACAUUCAUUUUGAAGAACUGCAUGAACCCGAAUCAGAUAAGGAGGUUAACAUUUACUACGACCAAUAAAAAUUUAAAAUGUGAGUGUGCAUUGUUUGAAUCUAAGGGGUUUCCAUGCAGACAUAUGCUUACAGUCAUAAAAAAUAAGGGAGUUAUAGCACUACCCUCCACGUGGUUCAAGCUUUGAUGGACCCAAAAUGCAAAGACACUAUCUCGUAAUCUUGGAGUUGGAGGUGAUGUGGCAGCGAAAGUGUAAGCGUUUAUGUGCCACUAAAGGUGGGGAUUGCCACUAAAGUGUAAGACAUGGGGGAUUGCCACUAAAGUGUAAGCGUUUAUGUGACAUCGCGUGUGGUAAGCGUUUAUGUGACAUCGCGUGUGGUAAUGAUGCUGCUUUUAAUUAUGUCUCCUUGGCGUUGGAUAACCUUACUCAAUGGGCAAUUGAGUUCUUGAGGGAGAGAAUGGACACCACUGCACCUGUAAACCCUCCAGCACCCCUUCCAAGUGUGAAAGACCCAAAAAUUGGGAAGUCCAAGGGAACAUUCAAGUCGGCACGAAGUGCAUCGGGAAAAAGUUUAAGAAAGUGUUCAAAAUGUG